GAUUGAUUACUGCAACAAAGCCGCCCUUGUCAGCUGCUAAAAAACCCUCGCAAGGUGCAGGUGCAGACGAGACCGAAGACAAUGAUUGGCAUCGUGUCAUAGGUACCCAGGUAACACUCGCUUGUGUUGUACUUUCCCUCCUAAAGCUCCUACUCCAAUCAUUCAACUAUAGGUAUCUCACCUUUUCUCCCUCCUUCUUGUACCCAACCUCCGUCACUCCUUCCUAAUCACCAAUUCGCCUUAUUCUUAACUCACUUCUUUUUCUCGACAAUUUCUGUCAAGGAUCACUCUCUUUAGUCCUUUUUACAAACAAUCGUUUCUUGGCCACCGGCCUAUUCUAGUCGCUCUCUCACAUCUAUUUUGAAAAAGACUACAUUGUGUCGAUCGCGGUAGUCUACAACGGUGGAAAACAAACGACCUUGGUAGACAUUUAUUAGGAAACAUCGAGAUCUACCAUCAACACUAAGAGAACCUCACCACGCCCGAAUUCUAACUACACCAUGUUCGUGAAAUCUGCGCUCGUCGCCUUGGGCGGCGCAACCCUGGCGGCUGCUGUCACACCUCUCGAGGUUCAAGGCAGUCAGUUCGUAAACUCGAAGACCGGAGACGCAUUCCAAAUCGUCGGUAUGGCUUAUCAAAUUGGUGGAAGUGCUGGAUACGACCCAAGUCACGGAAAGGAUCCUCUCUCUAACGGAGACAUCUGCAAGCGUGAUGCCGCGCUCAUGCAGACUUUGGGAGUGAACACCAUUCGAGUCUACAACUUGGACCCCAACUUAAACCACGAUGAAUGCGCCAGCGUUUUCAAUGCCGCGGGCAUGUACAUGAUCAUCGAUGUCAACUCGCCCCUCGCAGGCGAGUCUCUCAACAGCGGUGCGCCUUGGGAGUCGUACUAUUCUGGUUACUUGAACCGAACCUUCGCUAUUGUGGAGGCCUUCAAGUCUUACCCUAACACCCUCGGAUUCUUCUCCGGUAACGAAGUGAUUAAUGAUGUCAAGACCGGCUCUACUGUUCCCCCCUACGUUCGUGCUGUCACUCGUGACCUCAAGAACUACAUCAAGAACCAUGCCGACCGAUCUAUUCCCGUUGGAUACUCUGCCGCCGACGUCCGUGACGUCCUUCAGGAUACCUGGAACUAUUUCCAGUGCGCCAUCGAUGGUGAUGCCAACGACAUGUCUCGCUCCGACAUGUUUGCCUUGAACAGCUACUCGUGGUGCGGUGACAGCACCUUCCAAGAGUCCGGAUACGACCAGCUGGUUGCUAUGUUCAAGUCAACUUCCGUCCCGGUUUUCUACUCUGAGUUCGGUUGCAACACGCCCUCUCCCCGUGUCUUUACUGAGAUCAGCGCCAUCUACGGUGACCAGAUGACGGGAACUUUCUCGGGUGGUAUUGUCUACGAAUACGCUCAGGAGAAGAACAACUAUGGUCUUGCUCAGUGCAACGACGAUGGAACCGUCGACCUUCUUGCCGACUUUGCCACUCUUCAGAGCCAGUACAAGAAGAUCGAUUUCAGCAAGGUUCAAACUGUCAAGGCUACCAAGUCUAAGGUUACCGCUCCCGAGUGCAAGGCUAGCUUGAUCAAGGAGAGCGGUUUCGCAAACAACUUCACCCUCCCUGCCGUCCCUCCUGGAGCUCAGACUAUCAUCGACAACGGUGUUUCUCCCAAGCCCAGCGGCAAGAUCAUCUCCAUCAGCGAUUACUCCGUCUCCCAGGCAGUCAAGGAUGCUAACGGCAAGGCUGUCUCUAACCUUGCUGUCAAGCCCCUAGCUGAUGAUGCCUCCAAUACCCCUGGUAGCACUGGCGCUAGCACUUCUUCCUCUGCCUCGUCUAGCUCUUCCGGCAACGCUGCUGCCACACUGGCACCUCAAGGUCCCAUCUCUGCUGCAGCUAUGAUUAUCCCGGCAGUCGUCGCCUUGUGCUUCACCGCGGGAUUCACGCUGAUCUAGGCAAUCGGUUGAAUAGUCGUCUGAAUAAUGAAGUUUUGCCUUGUUUUUCCACUAAGAAUAGAAGUGGGGUUAUGACCGUGCUUUUUAGAUGUGUUGCUUUAUUCCCCCUCUUGUAAUUGUUUUUCGGACGUAGGCACAGGGAGGUUAGGGCUUCUUUGUAUCUUAGGUUACAAUGUGCGCUUUGGUGCAGUACAUAAGAAGUCCAAUUUUGGCAUCUUUUUGACAACGCUCUCUCAUUCUUUGUACAUACACCAUCUGGUGAUCUGAAUGAGUUAAGUGACAAAAUCAGUCGAAGGAGCGCCCCUGUGCCUGAGUUGAAAGUGGUGGAUAUAUUUAAUUCUAGAAUAUAAUGAAAAUGAAACUGGACAGUUCAAAAACUAA